AUGUUGUUUCUAGAACCCUCGCCACGAAUCGCCCACGUGGCGUUUGAUCAGUCUUGUCUUAGGCUGCCCUCCUUGUCCUGCUCCAGCAAACAGCUUCCUUCUCGGCUCUUGUUUGCCUCCCACGCGUCUGCGGUGUUCGUGCACUUUUUCCCAGCUAGUGUUUUGUCGCCGCUGGCGAUGUUCAUUGAAUCAUUGAAUGCGUUUCAGGCGCGCCGCCUGCGAAGAAUUCGGGGCAUUUCGCAUUCAUGCGUUGGUCGCGUCUCCAACGCCGCAGUUUUGAAUGAGGCCCAGCGCAAGAAACUCAGCGAUCUUCUUUCGCCGCGGCAAUUGAUUUUGUUCGGAGAUAUUGCGCGAAAGGGCAACGAUCACCCUGUCAGUCAAGUCGUUUUCCAGCCUUCACCUUCCGACCUGACGCAGCAGCCCGGCCGCCGAAAGAGGGGCGUGCCCCCGCAGGUGUGGGUGUCAGAGUUGUAUUAG